GGCGGCCAUCACGGGGCAGUUGCGGGCUGGUGUUGGUUACUGGGUCGUGCUGCGGUCGGGCUAUUCUUCGGGGCUGCGGCCUAUGCCUCCGUACCCUCAGUGCGCAGAAGGGAAGGCAAGCAGAGGGAAGGGAACAGCAUAUCCCCCAUCACAUUUCCGUCAUUUUCAAUGUGUUAGCAUGCAUCUCCAAGAACUGAGAGAAUGGCUGUUGAUCAGGACUGGAGCAGUGUUUAUCCAACAGCAGCUGCAUUCAGACCUGCCUCUGUGCCUCCUCCAAUUCGAAUGGGUUACCCAGUGAAGAGAGGAGUACCUCUGCCAAAAGAAGGCAACUUAGAGCUUAUAAAGAUUCCCAAUUUUUUACGUCUUACUCCUCCUGCAAUUAAGAAACAUUGUGCAGCUUUUAAGGAUUUCUUCACUGAAUGGCCAGGUGCUUUGGACAGGGAUGAGAAAUGUGAGCUGCAUUUUCCUAAUGAAAUUGAAACAGAUGAUUUUUCUGCAGGGACAUCUAUUCGUAAUCCCAAGGUUAAACUUUCUGACCUGAAUUUAGAUGACCAUGCAAAGAAGCAGCUCAUUAAACUUGUAGGAGAGCGAUAUGGCAAGAAUAUUGAUAUGCUCACAAUUGCCAUGGACAGGUGUCCGUUAAGGAAACAGAACUAUAAUUAUGGAAUACACCUCCUCACAGUUUUGUACCAUGAAUCAUGGUGUCGUCUCCCAGAAAACAUUCAGAUUAUCAAAUGCUCUUCUGUGGGACUGAAGAGAAGACAGGAGAACAGCUACAAUGUGCCUCUGCUUUCUUGCCUUGAAAAAUAGGCAGCAGGUUCUACUGCACUGUUGGUAUGAGACUUCUGAAUAAAUCUUCAGCACAUGGGCUCCCGUCUGCUGUGAUUCCUGCAGAAGACCAGGGAAGCGUCGGAUCCAGCAGUUUUUGUAAAACAUAGUGGGUGAGCAAAGGGAGUCUGACUCUAUGGCCAAACCCAGAACCAGCAGCGUUUCUGCCAGUACCACCAGCAUAACCAUCUCUUCAAUGUAAUGAGCUUCAUCAGUGUGCUUUCUCCUCCACAGAUGCACUGAGGUUUGGACCAGCAUUUUAACGGACAAGCUCUUGAGUGAUGAGGAUACUGCCAGCUCUGCCAGGGAAAUGAACCAGGGGAUGGUUUCUCCAAACUAUUCCCGUGAUUCUGUUUGGGCAGUUGCUGGAAAGAAGCAGGCACAUGAUUAUAACAGUUACUAUUAUUUUUUCUGUAAAUGAAUUAUUUGGAGACAGUUUUUGAGAGACAACAGACACAGGCUGCUUUUAAUCAUUCAGGGAGCUUGUUUCUGUGAUCCCAAGUUUGCAUCUCGUCCUUCUGAGCUCAAACUAUCCAGACAGCCUUAAUGUGUAGUGAAUAAUGGUAAGUCCAGGAGACUGUUUCACCUCAACUCUAAAAGCAUGCAGCUCAGCCCCUUGAGAGCAGGUAGGUCUGCCACUAUGUUCAGGCUCACUAUUACAUUCAACACAGAAGAAGCUCAGUUUAGUUUCUUGUUCUUUUUGAAUUAUCUGGUGGCUGCAAACGUAAUUUCCAACUUUGUUGCUACACUAGAUUAGCUAAUUCUGUCUGCCAGUCAGAAGUGGAGACUUUGUUCCUCUUCCCUACUCCCCUACUCUGCUUUGGAUGUAAAAAAAAUAUCACCACCAACAAAAAAACCCUACUUUAUUUCAGUGAUCUAACAAUAGAUGAAUAUGACUGGAGAAGUGAAUAUGACUGUAUUUAUUUCUGGACUGGAUAGGUAGUUGAAGCCCCAUCCCUAAUCUUCCAUAAGACUGAAUAUUGAACUGUCUAUAUGGAUUUUUUUCUGCUUAUGUUAAAGGCUUGAGAAAGUUCUGUGAGAAGGCAAGAAAGAAAAUAUAGUUGCUAUUCAGGAAGUCCAGUUUUUCAAGCACCUGUUCUGAAAACUGAAAUUGAGUGUUUUGUUUCUUAAAAAGACCCAGUGUGAUCUCUGAUUCCCACCCCUGCACACAAGACAGCAUACAGAAAGGCUUUAUAAUGUUACUAUACAGCUGAAGUCCAGUUAAACUCAAUGGACUAUAUAGGGAUGUUGAAGGAUUUAGGCAGUAAUGCAGUGGUCUCCAAUAAAAAUUGUCUGUAGACUAUUUGAAAAAUAUCUUAAAAGAGAACUUUUUCUUCAAGAUUAGGAUCAAGGAAUUUCCCCAGCUCCACAUAAAGUAUGGAGCAGUGCUGACAAUUUUAUGCCUAAUAGAGAUUCUUGGAAGCUCACGGAGCUCUACAAAGGGUUAGCUCCUGUUGAUCCAAUAGCAAGAGCUAGGCCUUCAUUCAUUUGGUGGAAGUACUGGCUAUGAUCAGAAUGCCAAAUAAAUGUCUGCUUUUAUCCAGAUUGCAUGUCUCUGGUGGGGAAGUUGGUAAAUUAAAUAGUAAGUGAGAGCUUAA